GGACCUGUCAUGUCUUUAUAUAGCCCCUGAUCGGCUCUUUACGCACUUUGUUAUCAAUUUAGGUCCGUGAGAAAUGCAGUUCUGCAACUCAAUCUUAUCACGAUAGUAAAACAGACUUCCUGAUAUGGAAACAUGGAACUAUCCAAAUGUACUUACCUGAUGCCCAGGUAGUGGUUUCAGAUUAGACUUAAAUUCCUGGCGAAUGACCAAAUUACCCAAACGACGUUGUUCCUUUGAAUGAAAUCCAUUUUGAAACGUCGCGAGCGCAAGACUUGUGUUUUUGAGAGACAGUUAACACACGAGCGGACAAAGUCUAAAGACUACACCUUCACCAUGGAAGCAGAAGUUGACUUUUUACGUGAUCAAGUGCAGAGGUUAAAUUCUGCUCUCAGCCAGUAUCAGUAUGGACACCGCACUCAAUCCACAUCAUCUCAGGUCGAGGAGGCAAGACGGGCCGAGUCUCCUUCUCCAUGGAUCUCAGACAGAAGUCUAAUGGCUCCUCUGAUCGCGGAGUAUGAUCGGCACAUGGAGGAAAUGACUGAACAGCUGCAGAGAUACCAGGGGCAGAUGACAGACGUCAAAGUGAAAUUGGAGAAGGUUGUCAAAGAAAACGAAAGGCUGCAUGCAGAGCUCAGGGAGAGUGUUGAGAAGCAGCUUCAUGCGCUGCCAGAGGCUUCAGGCCUGGAAGGCAGCACACUGGAGGAGGAAGGAGUCAUCAGAAACCUUCAAGAACAGGUCCAGCUGUGUGAGCAGGAGCGGGUGCAGGCCUUGGAGCUGUGGCAGACAGCAGCCCAGGAGCUGGACCGCCUCCAGCAGACCCACCAGAAGACCGUCUCUGAUGGACAGAUCCACGAUGCCCACAGACAGCAGCUCAAGGAUCAGCUUGUUCAGUUCCAGCAGCACACACACAAACUCCAAGUGGCCAAUCAGAAGCUGGAAUCGAACAACCAGCAGUUCCUGAAGACGGUGACGGAGCAGGGCACCGAGAUGGAGGAGCUACACAGCCAGCUCAGGCAGGCCAAAGCUGAGCUGAGGACGGCUACAGCCAAAGUGGACGAGAUGACCAAACUGCUGCAGAACGUCCAGGACCGGAUGCAGAGACGGGAGGAAGAAGUGUCAGAGGCUCAGGGCCGUGAGGACGCAGCAGACAGACGGCUCCAGCAGCUCCAGGCAGCUCUGAGCCAGCUAGAGGCCAGACUAAAAGCUGCAUCUCAGGAGGCUGAGACAGUUCGCAGAGAUCAGACAGUGUGGGAGAGGAAGGUGGGGGAACUCCAGGCACGCUGCACCACCCUGGAAGAGGAGAAGUACGAGGCCCUGGCUAAAGUCCGAGAGAGCGUUCAGGUGGCCGAGGAGGCUGCACUGCAGAAGGACCAGGCCCUGUUAAGAGAGAAACAGAAGACAGAGGAGCUGGAGAAGACAAAGGAGGCCAUCAAACAGCUGAUCCAGGAUGCUGCAGUCCGCACAAGAAAAGAGGUGGAUAACGUGCGCAAGCAGUGCAACGUUCAAAUCCACCGUAUGGCCGAGGAGCUGUCUGCACUGCAGCUGGAGUGUGCAGAUAAAGAGUCUCAGAUUGAAAGGUCCCUGCGAGAGAGGAAAGCUGUAGAGGAGGAGCUGGAGAAGGUGUAUAAGGAGGGCAGGGCAGAGCCAGAGUUCAGAAAGAUUGAUGCCCUUCACCAGAGGUGUCUCGAUGCAGAGAGGAUGAAGGAAGACAUGAGCCUCACUCUGCACAGCACACAGAACAAACUGAAAAAGAUGGAGAUGGACUACAGUGAGGAGCUGUCUCGGUGCCAGGAGGAGGUGCGGCGGCUGCAGGGCUCUCUGGCUGCGGCCCGGGACGACUGUGUCGGCGUCAGCGAGGAGCGACUCCAGCUGCAGCAGGAGAACUUGCAGCUCCGCAGGGAGAUGGAUGAGCUGCGCAAGGCCUCCCUGUUGGUCCAGAAGAAGGCCAAACAACAGCUGUCACAGAUGGAGCAGGAGUUCAGCCUGAAGGAGCAGGGGCUGGACGCACGUGUGCAGGAGCUGGAAGAAAGCAGCCGCAGCUCCAGCGCUGACCUGACGCGCCUCCUUACAGCACAGCAGAAAAGCACCCAGCGCUGGAAAGAAGAGGCCAAGAACCUCGUUCAAGCUUUCGAGACUAAAAUCACAAGCCUCAAGGCAGAGCUGAAUCGGCAGAAGCAGCGUUCACACGAGCUGGAGAUGCAGCUUGAAACUGACCAUAAUACUGUCGCUGAGUACGAGAGACAACUCGCAGAGUACCAAGAAAAGACGAGUCGUCUCCAGAGAAGACUGACACAAGCUGAACAAAAGGCCACUACUGCUUCACAACAGCUGAGUAUGUUGGCGUCACAGCGAAGGAAAACAGCCAUGGUUGAUCCUGAGACUCUAUAACAGCCACUGUCAAUGUACUGGAGGGAAAAAUGUAAUUAUGUGGGGGUUUUUUCAAUAUCAUCAUUUCGUCCGAAAGCCUGAGACAACAAUGGUGUUGUUAGUGCCCAAAUGAUUUUAUUGCAACAUGUUUAAUUGUAUACACUAUUAUUAUGUACCAAUGUUUUUUUGAUGAAUUGUAUUUAUAAGGAUGCAAUGCUAUCUGAUGUGUAAUAUAUGUAAAAAAUAAACACUUUCAAAAUA